GCCUCUAAACCUGAUUGGCGCCAUUCCGCUACCCACUCAAAAAGGUCUUCCCCCCAACACUACUGGGGGCGAGUAGCGUGGGCCGUGGAGUGAGAAAUCUAAGGCACCGGAGCUCCGAACAACAAGAUGGCGGACACCGUUUCUCUUAUGGAUGUCGACGAAGACGCGAACCAAAACCAAAACCAAAACAACACUCUAAAAUCCAACAAGGGAAAAGAUGUCGUCUCCGCCGCACCACCUGACAGCAAAGCUACUCCUUGGGUCGAGAAGUACCGCCCUCAGUCCCUUGCUGACGUGGCCGCUCAUCGAGACAUUGUCGAUACCAUCGACAGAUUGACUACCGAGAACCGGCUGCCACAUCUCUUAUUAUACGGCCCUCCUGGUACGGGCAAAACGUCUACUAUUCUCGCUGUUGCACGGAAGCUUUACGGAGCGCAGUACCAUAAUAUGAUUCUGGAGCUCAAUGCAUCUGACGAUAGAGGAAUUGAUGUUGUGAGGCAACAGAUCCAAGAUUUUGCCAGCACGCAGAGCUUCUCCUUUGGAGCAAAGGCAUCAGUGAAAUUGGUCUUGCUUGAUGAGGCAGAUGCCAUGACAAAAGAUGCUCAGUUUGCCCUGCGUAGAGUGAUUGAGAAAUACACAAAGAACACUAGGUUCACACUUAUUUGUAAUCAUGUCAACAAGAUUAUUCCAGCUCUGCAGUCUAGGUGUACGAGAUUCCGGUUUGCUCCUCUUGAACCAAGUCAUGUCACUGAGCGACUCAAACAUGUUAUAAAGGCUGAAGGGCUUGAUGUAACUGAGAGUGGCUUAGCAGCACUUGUACGGCUAUGCAAUGGUGAUAUGAGGAAGGCCUUGAACAUUUUGCAGUCAACUCACAUGGCUUCUCAGCAAAUUACAGAAGAAGCUGUAUACCUAUGCACUGGAAACCCUUUACCGAUUGACAUUGAGCAGAUAUCUUAUUGGCUUCUGAAUGAAUCUUUUGCAGAUGGUUUCAAGAGAAUAUCUGAAAUGAAGACAAGGAAAGGGUUGGCAUUGGUAGAUAUUGUAAGAGAAGUGACAAUGUUUGUUUUUAAGAUUAAGAUGCCAUCAGAUGUCCGAGUUCGGCUGAUUAAUGAUUUGGCUGACAUUGAGUACAGACUGAGUUUUGGAUGCAAUGACAAGCUACAGCUUGGAUCUCUAAUUUCUACUUUCACGCAGGCAAGGUCUGCUCUUGUUGCUGCUGCAAAGUAGAUAUUUUUGUCUAGUUUGGACAUGUUCCUUGCCGUUUGGCUUUUAAGAUGGUUUGUUAUGGUGACACUAGUGGACAGACAACCUCCAAUGCCCGUUAUUUUCUGAGAUUUCUGAGUUCAGGUAGCAAUUAUCAAGUUGUUUGAUGUAGUGCAGAUGCUAGUGUUGGAGUAUUAGAUUGAAUCAUCCAUGAAGUUAGGGGAUCUCAGAUUGUACAUUUGUAUGCAUGUCAAGAUACAUUGCUAGGACACUUGUGUCUACAUGUGCCCCUUCACAAAAAUUUGAGCUUCAAAAGCCCUGUUUUACUUGAAAUUUUCUUGCAUGCCAGACUAGCCUCUAAUGUGCACUAUCGGGAAUACAGUUGCCAUGUUAGAUCUUCCUAGUUUCUUUUAUCGUCUGUUUUUGAAAAUAAUAGUAUGAUGCAUGGCUGCUAAUCCAUACGGCA